CUUUGUAAGAAAAACUCGAUCUACUCCUCCUUUAAAGCCUCUAAUCUCUUUCUCCUUCCCUUGUCAGGAACAGUCAGAAAAAAAAAGAAACCAACUUUUUUUCUUUUUGACAACUGAACUUUGUCCUUUGGUCGAUAUUUGUCUGCAAACUCUCUGAAGAAUUUGGGAUUAGAGAGCAGGGGGGAAUAAUGGGAGAAUGUAGGCCGUUGGGUUUCUUACUGGGAUUACCAUUUGCUCUAGUUGCUCUCGUUCUAUCUUUAGUUGGUGCUGUCAUCUGGAUCAUUGGGACGAUACUGAGUUGUUUGUGCCCAUGUUGCUUCUGUUUCGCUGCGCUGGCUAACUUCGCUGUUGAUCUCAUCAAACUUCCUGUCAAAGUCCUCCGCUGGUUCACCCACUCCAUUCCUUGUUAAUUAUUAUUCUUAUUUUACUCUUCUUCCCUUCUUAAUUAUUAUUCGUUUUAGUCCUUGUAAUUUCUUUUGUAAUAACAUAUAUUUAAAAUUCUUAAAUUUGGGCUUUAUUUCCUGACAGCUAGUAAUUAUUCUUAUUUAUUAUUUUUACUAAUCAAGCACGGGGCCGGGAUCAUUAUGUUUGCGUGUAUUUUUUC